GCCGCGGCCCGGCCGCAGCCUCCGCCAGGGAGCGCGCCCGCCGCCCGCCGGUGUCCCGGGAGCCCGACAAAGAGCGCGCCUGAGGCUCCAGCAGCUCGGCGGGCGAUGGGAGAUGGAAGGAAGCGACGCCGCGGCAGAGACAUUUGUUUGGGUUAACAGUGCAUCAGCACAUUCCCAGAGUGUUGCCAAGGCCAAAUAUGAAUUUUUAUUUGGCAGAUCUGAAGAGAAAACUCCAGAUACUAGUGAUCAUGGAGGAAGCACUUUACUCCCCCCGAAUGUCACAAAUGAAUUUCCAGAAUAUGGGACCAUGGAGGAAAGUGGAGAAGGCCUAAGAGCCUCUCUCGAGUUUGAUGCCGAGUCUCUGCCGUGCUGCCCUCAGGUGCAGCAGAGGGUCCAGUCUCUUGCUGGCCAUCCCUCUGGGCUUCUCAGUGUUACCGGAGGACCAAAAGAUGUCAGAGAGGUCCCCUCUCAGAGUCAUCUCAAGGAACAGAGUUUACAACCCAUUGACUCUUUGAUUUCAGCUCUGAAAGCCACAGAAGCCAGAAUAGUUUCAGGAACAUUGCAGGCUACAAAGGUACUGGAUGGAGAUGCGGUUUCUACUUUUUUAGUUCAGCAGGUGGAACAAGAGCCAGACCCUGCCAGUCAUAAAACACAGAGAGCCAACACACUGUUCCCUGCUGGCCGAGAAAAGUCACCCGAUAUACCUCUUUCAGCUGAAGUUACGACUGAGGAAGGUUUUUAUUUGAGCAUCCAGGAGGACCUGACUGCACUAUUAACUGGAGAAACUCAAGCAGAGCUUUCCCUAAGAGCUAAUAAUGGGAGAAAGGGGGCUGUCCAUGUGCAGGAGCCAGCUUGUCCAGCAUCCUCCGUGGGGAGCCCCGUGACCCACAGCUCAGUGGGAAGUGCUGGUUUAUUGAGAGAGAGGAGAUCUGAUCAGGGGAGAGAGCACCCAGAGCAAUGUGGUCGAGGCAGCUCCUCAGGACGCCCAGGCCAGGUCAAACAUGUGGAAUUUCAAGGGGUGGAAAUAUUGUGGACAGGAGGGGAGAAAAGAGGGACAUGGCAACCUGUGGAUUUUCAGACAUCAUUGGAAAGGACAACCCCUCCUGAAAGCAAAGAGUUUUCUAAAGUGCCAAGCCAUCUCAUCUCAUCUGCUGGUUUGUGUGAUUCAGCUGGUUUAACUGAGAGUGUUUGGGAUGACACCUGGAGAGCUCCUUCAGAGAGGCUGGCCACUGGCUCAGGGCCAUUUCUGCCUGAGCCUCUUCAUGAGAGUGGAGAGGAUGAAGUCUUCCUAAGGGAAAACAAGGAACAUCUUGAGACGAAACCUGAAUUGGAGAGAGACAGGGAAAGGAUUCUUGAGCAAGAGGAGCACUUUCGGGCCAGAGAUGAUGAUAUCCUUGGGUCUGGUUGUGCAGAGGACUCCACUGAUGUGUACAGCUCCCAGUUUGAAACCAUUUUGGACAACACUUCUUUAUACUACAGUGCUGAGUCCUUGGAGACUUUAUAUUCAGAGCCUGAUAGCUAUUUUAGCUUUGAAGUGCCCCUCACUCCAAUGAUACAACAGCGCAUUAAAGAAGGUGGUCAGUUCCUGGAGAGGACAUCAAUGGGAGGACAGCAGGACGUCCUGAGCAUCUCUGCAGAUGGUGGAAUAGUGAUGGGCUAUUCUGGUGGGAUCACCAAUGGGCUGAGUGGCUCCAGUAACUCCACCUACACGAAAGGCACCCCAGAGAUUGCUUUCUGGGGCAGCAAUGCUGGGAUGAAAACAACACUGCUAGAGGCUCAUUCUGAAAUGGGGAGUACUGAAAUUCUGGAAAAGGAAACCUCAGGAAGUCUCAGUAAUGGUACCAGCAGCAACGUAGAAGCAGCCAAAAGGUUGGCCAAACGUCUUUAUCAACUAGACAGAUUCAAAAGAUCGGAUGUGGCAAAGCACCUAGGCAAGAACAAUGAAUUUAGCAAACUAGUUGCGGAAGAAUAUUUGAAGUUUUUUGAUUUUACAGGAAUGACACUGGAUCAGUCUCUCAGGUAUUUCUUUAAAGCAUUUUCUCUUGUGGGAGAAACCCAAGAACGAGAGAGAAUUUUAGUACACUUCUCCAAUAGAUAUUUUUAUUGUAACCCAGAUACCAUUGCUUCACAAGAUGGAGUCCAUUGCCUCACCUGUGCAAUGAUGCUUCUUAACACAGAUCUCCAUGGCCAUAAUAUUGGAAAGAAGAUGACCUGCCAAGAGUUCAUUGCAAACCUCCAAGGGGUAGAUGAGGGUGGUGAUUUCUCCAAGGAUCUACUGAAAGCUCUGUACAACUCAAUCAAGAAUGAGAAGCUUGAAUGGGCAGUAGAUGAUGAAGAGAAAAAAAAGUCUCCGUCAGAAGGUACUGAUGAGAAGGCUAAUGGAACACAUCCAAAGACCAUCAGCCGUAUUGGGAGUACUACCAACCCAUUCUUGGACAUUCCUCACGACCCAAAUGCUGCUGUGUACAAAAGUGGUUUCUUGGCUCGGAAAAUCCAUGCAGAUAUGGAUGGAAAGAAGACUCCAAGAGGAAAGCGAGGAUGGAAGACCUUUUAUGCUGUACUAAAGGGAACAGUUCUUUACUUGCAAAAGGAUGAAUAUAAGCCGGAAAAGGCCCUGUCGGAAGAGGACCUGAAAAACGCUGUGAGUGUGCACCACGCACUGGCAUCCCGGGCCACGGACUACGAGAAGAAACCCAAUGUGCUCAAACUGAAAACUGCUGAUUGGAGGGUCUUGCUUUUUCAAGCCCAGAGUCCAGAGGAAAUGCAAGGGUGGAUAAACAAAAUUAAUUGUGUUGCAGCUGUAUUUUCUGCACCACCAUUUCCAGCAGCCAUCGGAUCUCAGAAGAAGUUUAGUCGUCCACUUCUGCCUGCCACCACUACAAAAUUGUCUCAGGAGGAACAGCUGAAAUCUCACGAGAGCAAGCUGAGGCAGAUCACCACAGAGCUAGCCGAGCACCGCUCCUACCCACCUGACAAGAAGGUUAAAGCCAAGGAGGUAGAUGAGUACAAACUCAAAGAUCACUAUCUGGAGUUUGAGAAAACCCGCUAUGAGAUGUAUGUCCGCCUUCUGAAAGAGGGGGGCCUGGAGCUGCUGAGUAGCAGCGGUGGAGGGGGCGCCGCGGGCCUGAAGAAGUCGCACUCCAGCCCCUCGCUGAACCCAGAUGCAUCUCCAGUCACCGCCAAGGUCAAGAGAAACGUGUCGGAAAGGAAAGACCACCGACCUGAAACUCCAGGCAUUAAGCAAAAAGUCACUUAGAAUCCAUCUGCGGCCAGGAAGUGCUGGUCGUGGAGCAAAAUAGAGUUUUUCAAGAUCUUUCUGGUGAAUCCGUGAAUAUAUUUAAAACAAAGUCUGUGACUAAAUGGUGCAUUAGUAACCUUUCCUAUUGUAUAUUUUUGUUAGUUUCUGUACAGAUUGUCUCUUUGCUCUUGAUUUCUUUGCUUUGAUGAUUUCUGCUACCUGAUAACUAAUGCACCUUUUGUGAGGGGAGGGGAUCAUGAUUUCAGAAUGGAUUAUGUAUCGCUUCUCCCUCAGGGUUCUCUCAUUUGCACUCUGCUCAGUUGUUUUGUGUGUUCUCAAAUCAGCUGUUAACACUUUUUAUAAAGGUUAAAGAUUUAAUCCAUUGUGAAACACUUAACUGGACAAACUUUGUAGUUUAGAAAAUUCUAGCCAGAGUUAAUAUAAGCCUUUUCAUGUGAAAUCUUGCCCAGUCACAGAGGUAGAAUCCAGCUCUCGCGCUCGCAGAAGUUCAGUUAAGAGUUACACUCACGGGAGGUGCCACUCCCCUGUGAGGCCUCAUGCACCUGAGUGCUUAGUGUUGAGUCCGGCCCUGCUGGUGGGGGUAGAGGGGGGCAAGGACCUCAGGCCUGGGGAAUUUAAGAAGCACGUUAGCUCGCUUGAAGUGUAGAUUCCAUUUCAGCCAAGCAAGGAAGGAGGAAGUGGCGUCUUUUGAAGGCUGAGGCAAGGUGGCCCCAAGUUCAUUUUGUUUUCUAAAGGAUGGUGGCAACAAUGGACUCUUGGGGGCUGCAGCAGCGAGAUGUGUUUUUGAUCUGCAGGAAGUUGUUACCCCACUCCCACAGGGUCUAGACAAGGAAUCCAGAGCCAUCUGUGGUGGAUACCCUGCCAUCCGGGAAUUAGGUUCUUUUAUAUAUAUAGGCAUGGUGUUGUCUCCUGGUUGUAAGAAUUUGGGGUCUUCCUAACAAAAUAAUAUCAAAAUGGAGCCCCUUUCAUUCUUUCCUUAAUAAAGCAAAAUAAGGAAGGAAAAAGUUGUUUUUCCCUAUAGUUGUUUGGCAAUAGAAUGUUGAUUCUUUACAAUAAAUCUGAAAGGAAUAAAAUCUGAAGGAAUUAUGGCUGGAAAACUGAGGAAUCUCCUGGUGACAAACACAGAGUCCCUUAGUCUGUUCUUGUCUCUGUCUCUGUGAAGCCGCUUCACCCUAAAAUAAACCCUUGAUUCUAAAUCAUUUCUUUGUAUCUGCUCAGAGCAGUCAUAAGCUUAUUCCAGGGACAGUCCCUUUGAAAUUCAGGGUGAUAAACAGAACAUUCUCUUACUGAGGAGAAGAAAGGAGUGAAAAUUGAGCCCACUGUGAGUUAGAACUUUCUGAUUUUGGAACCUGAAAACUCUGUGAUCCUUAAACCUAGAAUCUCCACAAGUUCAGAGUGAAUGGAAUCACUUCGAAUGUUCUUUUCUCUCCCACAGAGAUUUGCUCUUUUCUACUUGGUUUACUAGUUAAGGUGCUGUGUGACUAGAGGCUCAGGGACUCUGUGUGGGUAGCAUGGCUCCAGGGAAUUAGAGAAAACCUGCUCCUGAACCAUGGUACUUUCUAGUGGUAUUUUGUUCUGAUGCACCAGCAUUUAUACAGGACUAUUUAUUAACAUGCCCUUCCUUCAGCUGUAGAAAUGCCCAUACUUGCUGGUGCCCAGAAAGGAGAAACCCCUCCGUAAGGUUGUAGCUGCUUGCUUUGUGGUGUUUUUGCCACACAUUUGAAAAACUCCCUCUAACCCUCUAUCUUGUUUA